GCACUUCGACACCACUAAGGGCUCGCCCGUGGUUGACAGCGCGUGGAUCGCGCUGGACCCUCCUUCUCGUCUCCUCCUCCUUCUCUUUCCCUUCUCUCUCUGUCUCUCUCUCUCUCUCUCUCGCUUUCUCUCUCUUUUCCUUCUUUCAUCUACUCCGCUCAUUCACGAGGGCUCGCUCACCAACUCUACACGACACAGGGAUGCAGCGAGCGCAAGGCGCAGCCUGAAAAAUGGCACGAGUCUUCCCUUGGAUCUAUCCAUCCCUUUUUAUUUUCUCCCCCUUUCUUUUUCACGGGUUUGCGCCAUGUAAAGGCUUACGGAAUUACCCGGAGAAUGAAGUGACGUUGUUGGACUCCAUGUCUGCUCUGGGAGACCUGGGCUGGGAGGCAUACCCUGCAGAGGGGUGGGAGGAGAUCAGUGUGAUGGAUGAGAGGAACACUCCCAUGCGUACCUACCAGGUGUGCAACGUGAUGGAGGCCAGUCAGAAUAACUGGCUGAGGACGCGACACAUCGCCCGCGACGGAGCCCAGCGUGUCUACAUCGAGAUCAAGUUCACCCUCCGAGACUGUAACAGCCUGCCUGGAGUACCUGGCACCUGCAAAGAGACUUUCAACAUGUUCUACUAUGAGUCUAACAACGCCAACUUGUGGUUCAUCAAGGAGAGUCAGUACAUCAAGAUCGACACCAUCGCUGCUGAUGAGAGCUUCACACAGGUGGAUGUGGGAGAUCGUGUGAUGAAACUCAACACAGAGGUCCGUGACAUCAGUAACCUGAGUAAGAAGGGGUUCUACCUGGCCUUCCAGGACCUAGGGGCCUGCAUCGCUCUGGUCUCUGUCAGGAUCUUCUACAAGAAGUGUCCCCUCACCGUGCUCAACCUGGCCCAGUUCCCCGACACCGUCACGGGGGGCGACUCAGCCCUGGUGGAAGUGCGAGGGGUGUGUGUGAACGCCUCCCAGGACUUUGAGACUCCAAGGAUGUACUGUAGCGCGGACGGGAGCUGGCUGGUGCCCAUCGGGAGGUGUGUGUGCGAGCCAGGGUACGAGGAGCAUAAGGAUGGCUGCCAACCGUGCAGACCAGGCUCCUACAAGGCCUCGGCGACCGACGCCUACUGCACAAAAUGCCCGCCACAUAGCUCCUCCCACCUGGAGAGAGCCUCCGAGUGUGUGUGUGAGAAAGGCUUCCACCGCACAGAGACGGACCCACGCUCCAUGGCUUGCACACGUCCCUGUUCUGCUCCAGAGAACCCCAUCUCCACUGUCAACGAGACGUGUGUCACACUAGAAUGGAGUCCCCCUCUUGACAUGGGAGGCCGAGGUGACAUCACCUACAGCCUCCACUGCAGGAAGUGCUCCGGCGACGGCAGGAAGUGCACGCCCUGCGGUAACGCCGUACAUUUUGUGCCGAGGCAGUUUGGUCUCUCUGUGGCUCUGGUGAUGGUCACUGACCUGCAGCCACACAGCAAUUACAGCUUCACCAUUGAGAGCCUGAAUGGAGUUUCUGACCUGAGUCCUACACCCAGAGGAGCUGUGAUAGUUAAUGUCACCACCAGCCAGACAGUGAGUGUGGUCCUGAAGGAGAGGAGGAGUAAGGACAGUAUCACUCUGGCGUGGCAGGGCCCUGACAGACCCAAUGGAGCCAUAGUGGAGUAUGAAGUCAUUUAUUAUGAGAAGAACCAGAGAGAGCAGAACUACACAGUCCUAAAGACCAGGUCCAAUGUGAUGACUGUAGAUGGUCUAAAGCCUGGUACUACAUAUGUGUUCCGUGUCCGAGCUAGAACCGACGGGGGAUACGGCAACUACGGAGGAGAGAUAGAACUGGAGACCAGCCACGAAGACAUGUUGGCCAUAGGAGACCCUAACCAGUCUACUAUCCUGGCUGUGUCCAUCACUGGAGGUAUCGUACUGCUCAUCUUCCUGGUGGCCUGCUUUGUUGUCAGUGGCAGACACUGUGGAUACAUCAAAGCCAAGCAGGACCCUGACGAAGAGAAGCUGCAGUUUCAACAUGGAAGAGUCAAACUUCCUGGCAGUAAGAUAUAUAUCCAUCCACACACCUAUGAGGAUCCUAACCAGGCGGUCAGAGACUUUGCCAAAGAGAUUGAUGCUUCCAGCAUCAGCAUAGAGAGAGUCAUCGGAGCGGGUGAGUUUGGGGAGGUGUGUAGUGGUUGUCUGCGGCUCCAGGGGAAGAGAGAGAUCUACGUGGCCAUAAAGAGUCUGAAGGCAGGAUACGCUGACAAACAGAGGCGGGACUUCCUCUCUGAGGCCAGCAUCAUGGGACAGUUCGACCACCCAAACAUCAUCAGACUGGAGGGUGUGGUCACACGAUGUAAGCCAGUGAUGAUCAUCACAGAAUUUAUGGAGAAUGGAUCCCUGGAUACCUUCCUCAAGAAACACGACGGUCAGUUCACAGUGAUCCAGCUGGUGGGCAUGCUGCGUGGCAUCGCGUCGGGCAUGAAGUACCUGUCUGACAUGAGCUACGUUCACCGAGACCUGGCCGCCCGCAACAUCCUGGUCAACAGCAACCUGGUGUGUAAGGUGUCUGACUUCGGCCUGUCACGAGUACUGGAGGACGACCCUGAGGCAGCAUACACCACCCAGGGAGGGAAGAUCCCCAUCCGAUGGACGUCUCCAGAGGCUAUUGCCUACAGGAAGUUCACGUCAGCCAGUGAUGUGUGGAGCUACGGCAUCGUCAUGUGGGAGGUGGUCUCAUAUGGAGAGAGACCCUACUGGGAGAUGUCCAACCAGGAUGUGAUCAAAGCGAUAGAUGAGGGUUACCGUCUUCCGGCCCCAAUGGACUGUCCUGUGGUCCUCCACCAGCUGAUGUUGGACUGUUGGGAGAAGGGCCGCAGCGAACGGCCUAAGUUUGGCCAGAUCGUCACCACCCUGGAUAAGCUGAUCAGAGAUCCAGCCAGUCUCCGAGAGCUGGCCAACAGCUCAUUAUGCAGGGAAGACCCGACCACUCCAGAGUUCAGUGUGAGUACGAUGGAGGAGUGGCUGGAUGCCAUCAAGAUGGGACAGUACAAGGGGAACUUCACCAGCGCUGGAUACGUCACCCUGGACUCUGUCCUCUACAUCAGCAUCAGUGAGCUCGUUAAGAUGGAUGUGACCUUGGCGGGUCACCAGAAGAAGAUCAUCUCCAGUGUCCAGAUCCUUCAGUCCCAGGGGACCCACGUCCAAGUAUAACAGUUUCCCUAUAGAGACACACUGGGAGGGAAUGCCAAAAUGGAUGCUCUUCUCUGAGUUUCCCCAUUGAGACACACUCAGAUUGAGCUGACAUGGACAUUCUGGGUUGGGUUUCCCCAAGCAAAGACACUGAGAUGGAGCCGUAAUUUACGCUUAGCUCCUUUAUUUCCUCUUUGUAGUUUCACCAUUCCACCGGUCCUGGAUGUUUUGAUAGCGUAGGCACUUCCAGCUUCCGUCCACGCCUUCAGAGGCCUAGCAACCCAGCAACCUAAGAUACCAGGCUACAACCAAGACAUCUUAGUCCAUAUCAACAACAACAAUAACAAAACUAAAAAAUAACAAAAAAUACAAUUUGAUUAUAAUUCUCAUCAUUGUCUGUGAAGUUUUGUGUACAGUUGUUUUUAUGGUUGUUUCUUUUUUCUUUUUUUAAUUUGCUUUGUUUAUUUUCCACAUAGUUUACAUGACCAAUAUUGUAUAUGUAUAGAUAAGCGUUUACAAGAGGUGUGUGUCAGUCCGCCAGUCUAGAAAGUAAAGUUGUUAUCGCCAGGCAACGCAGGUGGGCUGUUCCUUCCUGGUGCAUGUGUUGUCAGGCCCCUCUUCUUUCUCUAAGCCCCUCCCCACAAUGCUAUUGGACCAAUCAUGAUGUGUGGGGGAGAUAGGAGAAAUAGAAAGAUGUGGAAAUAUGAGAUGGGGAUGUCUAUUCAUGGUCUCAGAAGACUUCCGUUGCGUUUGGCCAGGGAUAGAUACAUGUAGGUCUUCCAUCGCCACGACUUCCAGACUCACACAGUUCACUUGAAUGAGAUGCCCUGCCAGAUUUCAUUUAGUAUGGCCUACAGCAGCUACCUAUAGGUUGCAGUUAGUCAGAAACCUGCAGUUCAAUACAGUGUUAGUGCAUUUUCUGCAUUUUCUGAAGAGUUGGCCUCCUCAGUUGGAGAAGCUUACUGUAAAGGUUUGUGACAGAAGAAGAGCAAAGUAGAUCAUCUGUGAAGUUGACACUGUUUGCAAUGUAUAUCUGUUUCUCAGAUGUUGUGCCAUGUAUAGUUAGUAUUGCUCUGAAAUGUUGGGCCAUGUCAGACAAGCAGGAUUGGUUGUGAGGUAGACUUGACUUGAGUGAGGUGAGUGGUGGUUUUUGCCUCAUUUCACCCCUGAUUAAUAUGGGUUCAGUCACAGUUUGUGCUAACCACCUCUGUUCAGUGAUUAAUAUGGGUUCAGUCACAGUUUGUGCUAACCACCUCUGUUCAGCGACUAAUAUGGGUUCAGUCACAGUUUGUGCUAACCAUCUCUGUUCAGUGAUUAAUAUGGGUUCAGUCACAGUUUGUGCUAACCACCUCUGUUCAGUGACUAAUAUGGGUUCAGUCACAGUUUGUGCUAACCAUCUCUGUUCAGUGAUUAAUAUGGGUUCAAUCAUAGUUUUACUAAUCAUCUCUGUUCAGUGAUUAAUAUGGGUUCAGUCACAGUUUGUGCUAACCACCUCUGUUCAGUGACUAAUAUGGGUUCAGUCACAUUAUGUGCUAACCACCUCUGUUCAGUGACUAAUAUGGGUUCAGUCACAGUUUGUGCUAACCACCUCUGUUCAGUGACUAAUAUGGGUUCAGUCACAUUAUGUGCUAACCACCUCUGUUCAGUGACUAAUAUGGGUUCAGUCACAGUUUGUGCUAACCACCUCUGUUCAGUGACUAAUAUGGGUUCAGUCACAGUUUGUGCUAACCAUCUCUGUUCAGUGAUUAAUAUGGGUUCAAUCAUAGUUUUACUAAUCAUCUCUGUUCAGUGAUUAAUAUGGGUUCAGUCACAGUUUGUGCUAACCAUCUCUGUUCAGUGAUUAAUAUGGGUUGGGACUGUUCAGUGAUAGCAACUGCUUCCAAAUCUAUAACUCAAGGCCUGCUAACCUAAUUUCCUGGAUAAGUCAAAAACAUCAGUGUUUUGUAUUCAAAAGAAUAACAUUUACUGCAUAUCAAAACCAACAUCCCCCUUGCUUUGGGGAGGGAAGAGUGGCGUUAUCCUUGAAAACCUGGUUAGCGGUUUAGUUUGAAAAUUGUCAUCAUUGUGCACUGUACCCCUGUAUGUAUCUGUUCAUGAUAACAGUGUUAUUCUGCUACCUGACUGGACUACAAACACAACAACAUACAGUAAAUACCAAUGUACCAUAGUGUAAAAUAUGUACAGUGUUGAUUUGAAAGUCUAAAAUGUUCGUCACAAUAAUGGUGAUGAUGAUGGUUACGUUGAUAAUGAUGGUGAUUAUAUACUUUUAUUCUGAAGGAGGAUCAUAGGAGAUGAGGCAACGUGUGAUUCGUUGACCUGAUCUAUGGAAUGUACAUUGCGUAGCAUGAGUAUUAAGGUUCGGCCUCUGAUUGACAGGUGACAGUGACUGCAGUUUUCCCUCGGGCGGACGACCGUAGGAUGAUGAACUUUUAGAUGCCUUAUUUACUGUGCUACCUUGCUUUUCUGUUCCCCACCCCUCCUACUCCCUAUAGAGGCGGAGUUAUGAGUACGUCUGUAUACAGUAUUCAUCUGUUUCCCCGAGGUGACGUCACAGACAAUAUCUGCUUUUAGAACUGAAAACACCCCAGCUUUUAGAACCUCUGUUAUGAUUCCUAAACUCUAUACUGCUGCUGUCCCCCUGGGCACACACUGGUUGAAUCCACAUUGUUUCCACGUCAUUUUAACGGAAUGACGUUGAACCAAUGUGGAAUAGACGUUGAAUUGGGGUAGGGGCAGGUCUACCACCUGUUUAUUGGAUACUGUAAUGAAAAGUACAUUAGAGAAUAAAUUGUUCUGUUUUGGUUGAAUAAUUAUACUUGUUGGUUUACCUGGGUAAGCUAGGUGGGGAAUUUACAGUAGAGAACCUUUAUAUCCAGAAGCUAUUUCAAGUGGUUCCAAUGUCUCCCACAUAGACACAAACACACAACAUGAUGUAGAUGAGAAAAUCAAACAACUAAAUUAACCUUUUUCUUUCUCGGAGGGGUCUCAGAUAAUGAUGUACUAUCAGAUGAUGAUGUAUUUCAAUACCGUAACUGGAUUGAAUUGCCAGCAUCCUUUUGUGUUGUCAUCAAUUCGAUUAAAAUGUUCAACAAAGGACAGCAGCAUUUUUCCUCCUUACGUUCAGAUUUAGAACAGCAAAAAUAUGUGGUUGGCUGAUGAAGGUUUACCAGUCUGUCAAUACUCAUAACUUUGGUACUUUACACAUUUUGACAUUGUCCUCCUUUGGUAAGCUUGCCCGUCAGUCCCCAACCAGAGGUCAUAAACUUUGACCCAUAACCCCUAACCCCUGAUUCUCAGCCAGGCUCUGAACCCUUUCACUUGGAGUUGUCCCUAGACACUGUUCCCAUGUCAGUUUGUUGUUUCCCCUCUAACAGUUAAAGUUAGGAUAUGGGAAUAGUAAGCUGAUCCUAGAUCUGUGCUGGGAGAUACUUCUACCCCAAGCUAGGCCGGUUUCAUAAAUGUUCCCAAACGGAUUACUUGUGAGAUUGUUCUCUCUCUCCCUGGUCUCUCUUCCUUCCUGACCAUGGUCACAUCAUGUUUCAUCAUGGCAGAUUUAUAUGCGCUUGUUCAGAGUGUACGCAUUCUAAAGUCCUUCAUGUUGCUGUAAUAAAUAGGCUAAUAUUUCUGAUUUCUCA